CGAUUACUGAGUCGCUAACUGGAUUACUACACAAUGCCUCUGAUGAAAAAAAGGAGAGAAAAUUCCAAUUGUCCUAUGUGCAAUGACCUUUCCAGGUAUAAGUUUCGAUGUCUUCGAUCCGAGCUGGUCCGGUCAGCAAGACAAUGUAAUAUAUGCCAUGCUAUACUGACUGGUGUGGAUUUCACCAUGGAACGAGGUGGUUAUAACAAAGACAAUGUGAGUGAAUACUAUAUUGAGCUCAAGCAAGGAACUACGCUCAAAGUGGGUGUUGAUUAUCAAAACACCUUCCUGUGCUAUGAAAUCUACACCUCUCCAGAAACCAAGUCCUCAUGGCCUCAAUUGGGAACGGCGACUGACCUGGAAGAGAUAAUGGAUCUGGAAGGGGCUGCUGUCCAGAUACAUAGCUGGAUGCAGAGAUGCAUCAAAGGACACUCUGAAUGUCUGAAUAGCUCCAACUCACCUCUACCAACGCGUGUUCUUGAUAUUGGAUGCUUUGAUUCAGACAGCGUUUAUCUGUAUGAGCCAACACCAUCAGAUUCUGCGCCAUAUAUAGCACUCAGCUACUGCUGGGGAAGACAAGGAAACCUAACCACCACCAAUGAGAAUAUCGAAGCUCGAAAAAGCAAUAUCCAAUGGGCUUCCAUCCCAUCAACAAUGCAAGAUGCUAUCCAGCUCACGCGACGACUCCAGAUCCGCUACAUCUGGAUCGACGCGCUGUGCAUCAUUCAAAACGACACCAAGGACUGGGACCGCGAGGCAAUGCAGAUGACAGAAUAUUACCAAGGUGCCCAUCUGGUGAUAUCUGCAACUCGCUCUGCAAAUGCAAAUCAGGGGAUAUUUGGCCCACGACUACCAGUCACUUUUCGCGACCUGCCUUCGCAUCCAGCUGCUUUUUCUAUAGGGCAUUUCAAAGUUCCUACCGGACCAUCUACAAGCGAAACUGUGCAUGUUCGGGAGUUUUUGUUUCAUCACUUGGAGGAUUCCCCACAUAUCCCCGAUCCAGCAAUGAAUCCACUGGCAUUUCGUGCAUGGGCGUUUCAGGAGCGCCUGUUGGCAACCCGAGCAGUUCAUCUCACAGCCCAGGAGAUGAUCUGGGAGUGUAAAGAAGCUGCUUGGUGUGAGUGUGGGACAGGAUGGUCUUCCAACAACUAUCAACUAGACUUCCACAAUGCAUUACAGGGGCAGAUUUCCAGCUCUUCCCAAAGGCCCGAGAUAAUAUGGACUAAGAUGGUCACCCAGUAUAGCCAAAGGUCGCUUACUUUCCUCAAAGACAAGCUCAUGGCUUUUGAUGGCAUUGCACGGCAGUUUCAAACGCUCUACCUCGGUCAAUAUUACUUUGGAUUCUGGGAAAAACACCUUGUCGAACAUAUGACUUGGUCCGCAAAACUAGAUCCGAAAUCUUCUACUUCAGAAGAUGAUAAGAACAUAGCAUUGGGACCUUCUUGGUCCUGGCUAUCAACUAAAUAUCCAGUGGGAUUUGACUUUUACAGAGAAUUUUCUGGUGUCACUUGCCAUGCUGGAAUACGGGAUCUGCCAGAUCUCUCAUUAAUAUCAGACCACAGAACAAUGAUCCUCUAUCCCCCUUGUUCUGUUGAUAUGUGGCAUCUUACUCUUGAAACGAAGGUGGUGCACGCAAAGGUCUUGAUUGCGAGUUACUCACAAGGUGUCGUAUACAAAAUGCAACUAUUCCAGGAAGACGACGGUGCUGGCCUUGAUCAAGAUGCUCCUUUCUACCCCGAUGUUUUCCUUUCCACGAAAACAGACUCCCCAAGUAGGUGUGCCAUGACCAGAUGGAAGUGGGUUGAUGAGGGUGAUAUUGUCAAAUGUGUACUGUUGACAUCUGCAUACUGGGUAACUCAUCACUGGGCAGCAAUAGCUGUGAAGCCCAGCCCUGAGAAUCCCAAUGUCUACGUUCGUGUUGGAUUGGUGACUGGCUCUGGAGGAUUCCCUGGAUCUCAAGACCGGACAAUUGACAGGUGGAAUAUGGUCAAAACAAGGAAGAUUACACUUAUAUAAGGCAAGCUCGGACUACUAAAUAUAAACCAAAUCACAAUGAUCACAUGCGUCUGGG